ACUCUUGGUCCGAGCAAAGUAAUUUUGUUGUUUUGCUUCCCUGCGCACCAGAGGGGGGAAAAUAGCUCAAAGAAAUCAUUAAAAGCUCAAACUGACCAUGACAUUCAUGCCCACGAUGAGUAUAUGUAAACUGCAGGUUGUACAACCAAGCCUUUCCUUGAGAACCACCGCACCAGAGGGCGCUCUGCUCCUACCAAACGACCCAAGCUUCUACUCAGUUCCACCUCCGUGUUCUUGUCACAUUGUCCAACAUGGCUGCGUCCGUGGUGGGUAUCUGCUGUUAUGUGUCGCGGCGUGGAUCGUGUAAUCUUUUCGGGCCAGCCACUCUUUGCCUCACACUCAGGUCUAAAUUUCACUCUUCUUCUUCCGCGCACAACGGGCUGCUUCUCUCUCUGCACAAACGCGGCGUUCUGAAAGACUCAUUCCCAGAAAACGCAGCCCAAGACCAGCUCCCCCGGCUGCUUCAGUCCGGUGCUCAGACGGUAUACUGCGGAUUUGACCCCACAGCCGACAGUCUCCAUGUGGGGAACUUGCUCGCUCUCAUCGGCCUGCUGCACUUCCGAAGCGCCGGACACCAUGUGAUCGCGGUGCUCGGAGGAGCCACGGCGCAAAUCGGAGAUCCGAGCGGGAAGACGAGCGAGCGGGAGCAGCUGUGCGCGGACGUGGUGGAGGCGAACACCCACAGCAUCCGGGAGAGCAUUCAGAGGAUCUUCACCAACCACGAGCUGCACUUUCACGACGGCUCCAGGCCGCUGGGAACCGUGACUGUUCUAAACAACCUGAGCUGGUAUAAGAACUGGGGCGUGGUGGGGUUUCUGUCGGAGGCUGGAAGGCACUUCAGGAUGGGCACCAUGCUCAGCCGCCACAGCGUGCAGUCCAGGCUAAAGAGCGCUGAGGGCAUGAGCCUGACAGAGUUCACCUACCAGGUGUUCCAAGCUUAUGACUUCCACCACCUGAACCAAAUAUACGGCUGCAAGAUUCAGCUUGGAGGCACCGACCAGCUGGGCAACUUGAUGUCUGGCCAUGAGUACAUUCACAAAGUAAGCGGCGAGGUGGUGUACGGCCUGACCAUCCCGUUAGUUACCAGCACCGUCGGGGACAAGCUGGGGAAAACUGCAGGCAAUGCAGUGUGGCUCAACAGAGACAAGACGUCACCCUUUGAACUCUACCAGUUCUUUCUCAGGCAGCCUGAUGCCAGUGUGGAAGGGUAUCUGAAGUUGUUCACCUUUCUGCCUUUGGCAGAGGUAGAGAAACUGAUGGAGCAGCAGAGAGAAGAUCCAAGUAAACGCCUCGCCCACAAAAGACUGGCUGCUGAAGUGACAAAACUGGUGCAUGGAAAGGAGGGCCUGGAGAGUGCAAAGAGAUGCACCAAUGCACUUUAUCACAGCAGCGUGCAAGCCUUGGAGGAAAUGAGUGAUGAGGAGCUUCAGGAACUCUUCAGGGAGGCACCUUUCCAUGAGCUGCUGUUGGAGCCGGGGACAACUGUUAUAGAUGCCUGCCGCAAGGUCGGCGCCAUCCCUGAGGGACCCAGAGGGUAUCAAAUGGUUUCAGAUGGAGCAGUGUGGAUCAACCACACGCGUACAGACAACCCGGAGCAGGUACUGAUCCCCAAACUCCACAUCCUGGCUAAUGGACUCACGCUGCUCAGAGUGGGCAAGAAGAACUUCUACAUUAUCAAGUGGCUUAGCCUCUGACGGUGCCUUAUCAAGCAGGGGACCACUAUAUUGUAAUGGACUAACUGGGAAGGUAGGCGACUACACCUCAGCAGAGUCAGGAAGGAUCAUUUUUCCCUUUUUUGGAUAUAAAUAUGUGUAUGUACAGAUUAAAUGUUUAUUUAAAACCAUCCUAUUAAAAGCGUUUGAUAUCA